CUGCACGCAGGGAGCCCCACGUUGGGACUCGGUCCCGGCUCUCCAGGAUCAGGCCUGAGCUGAAGGCGGCGCUAAACCGCUGAGCCCCCCGAGCUCCCCCGGGUGUACCUAUUUUCAAAACACCAGUGGGCCUUUGUUGCAGGCCGUACAGAAGUAUGCCCUUUCUCCCCGGCGGUGCCAACUCUUGGUGGUUCCUGGCAGGACCCCGAAGCCGCACAGCCCUGGGAUGCAUCGCCCCGCUGGCGCGAGCCGCUGCGCUCCCACCCCAAGUCGCAGGGGGCGCCACCCGAUCUCGUUCCGACGCGAAUGGGGCUCGGCUUCCUUUGUGCGCUCGCGCGGCAAGGAAGCCCUCACUUCCGGCCUUGCGCGCCUGGGGUCCGAAGCUAACGGGCGCGAGGUGAGUGAGCAGGGCUCCGCCGCACUGGAUCGUUCCCCCGUGUGCCGCGGUGGCGCCCACCUCCCCAGAGAUCUCUUAGCGGGACCUCCAACUGUGCAUUCUUCUCCCGCGCGAACCUUCCUCCCGCAGGGAGCCUCGAGGCCCAGGGCCGCCGCCUUCCCCCGCCCCCUGUGGUCAGGCCGGUUCCCCCAGGCUGGCCUUACACUGUGUAACCCCCAGGCCCUUCACUUCCCCCAUUCUCCUCCCCGAGUCAUCCUCGUAGGCCCUGGUACCCGACUGAGCACCCUUCUCUCCUUCGCACGCCUGUCACUGCUGAUGUUCAGCAUGAAGUUCAACCCCUCCGUGACCUGGGGCUGCAGCACAAACCGCCAGCGCCACUGCAACGCCCCCUCGCACGUGCGCAGGAAGGUCAUGUCUUCCCCCUCCAAGGAGCUGCGGCAGAAGUGCAACGUCCGCUCCAUGCCCAUCCGCAAGGACGACGAGGUCCAGGUGGUUCGAGGACACUGCAAAGGUCAGCAAAUUGGCAAGGUAGUCCAGGUGUACAGAAAGAAAUAUGUCAUCUACGUGGAGCGGGUGCAGCUUGAGAAGGCUAAUGAUACAACUGUCCAUGUGGGCAUUCACUCGAGCAAGGUGGUUCUCAUCAGGCUAAAACUGGACAAAGAUCGGAAAAAAAUUCUUGAAAGCAAAGCCAAAUCUCUACAGGUCGGAAAAGAGAAAGGCAAAUAUAAGGAAGAACUUAUUGAGAAAAUGCAGGAGUGAAUGUAACCUGUUGUGCAAGCACGGUUUAACUGUAGACUUUUAGCCUGGUGUGUGUUCCUUGGAAACUUAAGAUGUCUGCCAAACACUUCAUUUCCUUCCUGUUUUGUUAUUGAUAAUGUAGCUUUGUAAAUCUGCCUUUGCUGUUUUGAUUAAUUAUUUUAUAAAUAACAGUGGAAAAUGUUCCUAAUUUGAAGGGGAAUUUGCAUGGUUUUAUUGAUAAAAUUCAUUCUACUA